AUGGCAACCAGGUACGGUCGUCACGGGGCGACGACUUCAUUCAUUCGUUCGUUCGUCGCGUUUCGUUCGCAACGAGACGACGACGACGACGCGACUCGUUCGCCUCGUGUCCGUCGGCGUGAGACGCUCGCAAUGUUCUCCAAAGGCAAAAGCAAGUGGGAGUUUAAACAUGUCUGUGCUGGGCUUGGUCCAGCACUCACGCUGGCUCCUCUCCCGGCCGUGCCCAUCUCCCCGUCGCCGCGCGUCCCGGAAAACAUCCUUCGCCGCAAACCCCACUCUGCCCUGGCAGCGGCCGUGUUUGUGUCAUCGAUGACGGGACGUGUCGUGGGCAUGCCCCUGGCGAAUCUGCAAAGUCAACGGCCUCGCUCCUGGUCCUUCUCGGACACGUACAGCAUCGUGGAGCCGUACGGCCCUACUGGCCAAUACCUGGACGGAGUUGAAGUUCCACUUUCUGAUGGCGAGGAGACGUCCAGAAGUCAAGCAGUGGAGUCUCGCGCAAAGACGAUGUCUCCAGACCCCGACUCACAAGGCAACCUGGGAGAGAGCUCAGCCAUCCGUCAGGAUUUGUCAGAGAUGUACGCCCAGCCGAACAAGAAUAAGCAUGCUGAGGUUGCAGAAGUGACAGAAGCCAUUUCAAGUGAAGGGCAUUCAAACACUCAGCAGGCACAGAAACCCAAAAAGAAGCGCCAGCCCGAAAUUAAUCCAGAGGUGACUGUGAACACACUAAGGGAUGAGGAACGUCCAGCGGAUGCGCUCAGUGGCUCUGUCCCAGACGACGUGGCCACUCUGAAGGGGAUGGUGCACAGGCUGAACGUGCUGCUCAGUCGCUACCAGGCCACCUUCCGCCCUCUGACAAAAGAAGAGAGGAAGAAGAAGGCAAAUGGAUUAUGCUUCAAAGGGCCCCUCCCUCCAUGGCUGGUGGACGUGCAGCACAUGCCCCCUCUUCUGCUGGAGUAUGACAAGGAGCUUCAGCAGAAGGAAGAGAUGAUACGCAAUUACGAGGAGGAACUACAUGCCCUGCGUGAACAGAUGAAGGGGAACAGAAGGCUUGCAGGAAGAGGAGUUGACGAGGAGUCGAAUGACCGUGCCCAGGAGGAGGUGGUCUCCCUGAACGAGAUAGUGCACAGGCUGAACGUGGUGUUGAGCCGCUACCAAGCCACGUUCCGCCCUCUCACGAGAGAAGAGAAUAAGACGCCAAAUGUUCUGCGCUUCAAAGGACCAAUCCCUCCCUGGCUGGUGGAUGUGAGGACGCUAUCUCCUCUCAUCCUGGAGUAUGACAUUGUCCUUCAAGAGAAGGAAGACAUAAUUUGCCUCUUCAAGGAGGAGCUGCAGGCCCUGCGCACGCGCACGGAGAAGGUGGCGGACGAGAACGAGGAGCUGCAGCUGAAGCUGCAGAAGUUGCUGGCGGAGAGCGAGGAGCGUGCUGAGGAGCGGCGGCUCAUGCGGGAGCAGGCCCAGCUGGUGGUGGAGGAGAACAAGGUGCUGCUCGACCAGCUCGGCCUGCAGCGGAGAGCCCACGGGGAGGCGUGCGAGGACACGCGCCGCAAGCACGAGAGCGCAAUGGGCGAGAUGACGCGGCUCUUGGUGGCCAAGCAGGACGAGAGGGAUGCGCUGGAGCAGGAUCUGGCGAGUGAGCGGCGCUUGCGGGCCCAGCUCACCGAGCGACUCGCCGGCCGCGUCAGCAAGGAGGAGCAUGAGCACCUGGUCGCCUCCCUCACGCGAGAGCUCAAGGAGGAGGUGGACCGGCACAUGGCUGACGAGCAGCUGCUGAAGGAGCGGCUCGUGGAGGCUCAGGCCGAGGCGCGCAGACAGACGCUGGACAAUGCCGAGCUGUCUGCCGACAAUAAAGAGCUGACCAAUGACCUCAACUUGAUCAAGAAGAACUUGAGGUCUGUGCAGCAGACGGCGAACACGCUGACUCGGCAAGUGGAGGAAGUGCGUGACGUAGAUGAGACAGCCACCCUGCACCUCUCUGCCAUGGUUCGUGUGGCCAAGAAUGCCCGGAGAGAAAAAUCCAAAGUCAAGCACUUGGCAAAGACCAUCGCUGAUGAAUACCGAUUGACGCUGAAGGAAUUGAUCAAGAGGAGCAGCGAUGACGGUGAACAGCCAGAGAAGUUACAGGACUCCAAUAAGCAGAUGUUGGUCAGCAUGGAGAAGCUCUCCCAGAGUCUGAAGCAGCAGGAGGGGGACACGGCAGAGAAGCGGCUGAUGUAUGAACAGAAGAUCCGCAAGCUGCAGUUUCUGCUGCAGCAGAGGCAAUGUGCCCUGGAUGAGGUCACGGCCCAAGAACGAAGGCUGGAACUCCCCCUCCGCAGGCGUUGAUGUCGGCGGGAGCGGCAUUUCGGCAGCAGGAGCGGUGUUUUGGCGGGAACAGCGCCCCGACCAGCCGCCGAAAUGGCGGGAACGGCGUUUUGGCGGGAACAGCGCACCGACCAGCCGCCGAAAUGGCGGGAACGGCGUUUUGGCGGGAACAGCGCCCCGACCAGCCGCCGAAAUGGCGGGAACGG